AUGGCAGUCACUGAAACUUACAUAUUUUCUUCAGAAAAACAAUGGAGCGUAAUUCGAAAUCUGACGAGAAAAUACUAUCCUACUUUCAAAAUUCAUCUGGGUUUUCAUCGAGUUGUUAUCAGUAUUCGGCACCCGGAUGACGUAGAGCUUCUCUUGACGAACCAAAAAUGUAUUGAUAAAGGUCCUAUGUACAGUUACCUUCAUUCAUGGAUGAAAACUGGUUUGUUAACAAGUAAUGGUGAUAAAUGGCGUACAAGAAGGAAAAUGUUGACGCCGGCAUUCCAUUUUAAUAUCCUUCAAAAAUAUGUGGACAUAACAAACGAAAAUGGUACAAAGUUUGUUGAAGUUUUGAAAUCAGAAGGCCGAAAAACAGUUAAAAGUUUGGUACCUCUAUGUUCAGAAUACACCUUGAGCAUUAUUUUAGAAUCGGCUAUGGGAGUAUCAUUUAACAAUGUUAAUAAAAAAACUGCCGAUGCAUACAAACAAGUAGUUUACGAUAUGGGAAGUGUCAUUGUUUAUAGAAUUAGUCGACCAUAUAUAGCAGAUUGGAUGAUGAAUUCUCUAUGCAAACUAGGAAGAAUGGAAAAGAAAGCUCUCGCAACUCUUCAUAAAUUUACGAAUAGAGUCAUUAAUGAAUGCAAAGAAUAUCACAAGCACACUAAUAACAAGUUCUUAACAGAAGUUUUUAAUAAUGAUGAAUCUAAGUCAGAUGCAGUUUAUUAUGGUUGCAGAAAGAGAUUAUCUAUGCUUGAUCUUUAGUUAUCAGCGCAACAAGAUCAUUUGAUAGAUGAUGAAGGCAUAGAAGAAGAAGUCAAUACUUUCAUGUUUGAAGGUCACAACACAACUGCAAUGUGUAUGACAUUUACUUUAAUGCUUUUAUCCGAGUACCCGGAAAUACAGAAUAAAGCAAGAAGCGAGGUAAAAGAUAUUUUAGAUAAAAAUAAAGGUAACAUUGAAAUGCCGAAUUUGCAUGAAUUUCAAUAUCUUGAAAGAUAUAUUAAAGAAUCACUUCGACUAUAUCCUCCCGUAGCAACUAUCUCACGUAUUGCAUCAGAAAAUUUACCAUUGAAAAAGUACUUAAUCCCAGCUGCUACUGAAGUUAUGUAUCAUUUAUAUGAUAUUCAUAGAGAUCCAAACUUUUGGGAGGAUCUAGAUAAAUUCGAUCCGGACAGAUUUUUACCUGAACGAAUUAAAGUUCGUCAUCCAUAUUCAUACAUACCGUUCAGUGCUGGAUCUCGUAAUUGUAUUGGUCAAAAGUUUGCAAUGAUGGAGUUAAAAUCCUUGAUCGCUCGCAUCUUGCACAACUAUAAAUUAGAACCUAUCGAUCGAAUGGCUGAUAUGGAGUUAUUAAUGGAUAUUGUGAUUCGUCCAUAUAAAUCAAUCCACACAAAAUUUAUCAGGAUUGAUGAUUGAUUUUAAUUAUCUUAAUUUAAUCAUAUUUAUGAUUUCAUGUGUUAAAACGUAGUUUUUAUUAUCAUUGCUGCAGUCAGAGAAAUGGAUUUAUCUUUAAUUGGUUUUGAUCAUUCAGUUUUCUCAUUUAUAAAUGAAAUAUGACUUUAGAAAGAGAUAAUUUGGUAAAAACAUUUUUUUUAUUAAUAGGAGCAUUUUAUUUGUAAUCGAAACCAUUUAACA